GAACAACACCAGGUGGAAGUUAAUUUGCGCUUUGUGAUGAGGCUGCGUCGGUCUCUCCAAGCCGCCAAAAAAUGGCAUCGGGUGGCAGCUCGACCAUGGCUGGCGCCACGACUGAAUAUAGCAGACUUUUCUUGCUUCAAUCUUUCUUACUUUCUCUUGUUGCGUGAUUCUUGUCGCUGUCGCUCUUUACUCUUUGCUUUUCAGUCACUCGUUCAAUAUGCCUUCCUCAUCACUCCUUCUGAGGUCGAGCACCACACUCGUUUCAGCUUUGGCUUUGCUUUCUGCAUCUGUUUCUGCCGCCACUACUUACUACGCUUUGGACACUGAGUACUCCGGCACCAGCUUUUUCGAUGGCUUCAAUUUCCAAGAUACAGCUGAUCUCAGUCACGGUUUCGUCACGUACGAGAGCAGAGCCCAAGCAACGCAAGACGGCCUAAUCACCUUCGACGGCGGCUCGGCUCAAAUGAGAGUCGAUGAUACAAAUACCUAUGAUGGCACUCAAAACUACUGGCUGAUCAAUGGUGUCGGACGACCGAGUGUGCGCAUUGAAAGUACUUCGUCAUGGACACACGGUCUGUUCAUCGCCGACAUCAAACAUCUUCCAACCACGAGAACUAGCGGUGGAUGUAGCGUUUGGCCUGCUUUCUGGACAUUGGGCAGCGGAGAUUGGCCCAUGAACGGUGAAAUCGACAUCAUCGAGGGUGCAAAUACCAAUCCCGUCAAUCUCGCUUCGGCACACACAGGCAAUACCUGCACCAUUCAGCAGAGCCCCUUGCAAAUGACGGGUACCAAGGGCGGCAACAAUUGCGACUACUACGGUGCCGAUAACACCUUCAAUGGUGCCGGCUGUGGAGCUUAUGACACCCGAACCAGCAGCUGGGGUGCUGGGCUCAACGCCAAUGGAGGGGGUGUGUAUGCUAUGGAAUGGACGUCUGAUGCCAUCAAAGUCUGGUUCUUCUCUCGAGGAAGUAUUCCAUCCGAUAUCUCGUCUGGCAGCACGCCUGAUCCAAGUGGCUGGGGUCUACCGUUCUCGAUCUUCAACGGGCCCAGCUGCGACAUUGAUGCAAACUUUGCGGACCACCGUAUCGUAUUCGACACCACCUUCUGCGGUGAUUUGGGCGACGCUACGUGGGCCAGCAGCGGAUGUGCUGCAAGCUAUGGAGACUCAUGCUCGGUCUUUGUCGGCGACAACCCAACAGAGUUCUCGGAGGCGUACUGGGAUGUCGAAUACGUCAAAGUCUAUCAGUCCAGGCCCGUGACUACAAGCACGACGACAUCCACAACCACCACAAGCACUACGACAUCGACCACGACCACUACAACGACCACUACGACCACUACGACCACUACGACCAGCACCACGACAACAACAACAACAACGAGCGCUACUCCUACCAGCACUACCACGACAUGGACGACGACCACUUCAAGCACAAGCUCAAGUAGCGCUGUCCCUACAACCACCACCAGCACAACUAGCCCAGCUCCCACAACUAGCACCACCAGCAACGACAUUGGCCCGAUCGGUCAAACAACAACAACCACCACCACGACUAGCGCUGCUCCCACAUCUACCACCACCAGCAACGAUAUCGGCCCGAUCGGUCAAACAACCUCGUCAACCACAUCCUGGGGCUUCUAUCCGAACGGCACGACCACUUCAAGCCACGCCGUUGGACCGAUCAACACAGAUACCACAACCAGCUCACCAUCUCCCAUCUCUACAGACAGCGCCACUUGGCUCGACUGGACCGCAACAACCACGCCAACGACAACCACCACCACUCCUGUCACAUCGUCCUCCUCAAUCGAGGCAACAUGGCUUGACUGGACUACGACAACGACGACCACAUCAUCCGCAACUGUCGACCCAACGUGGCUUGACUGGACCACAAGCACUACCACCACAAAGGCCUCAACAACCGAGCCAGCGACCUGGACAAAAUGGGAACCCGUCACAAUCACCCUGACUCAAUCCUGGAUCGAACCGUGCCCGACCGGCUACAUCACCAAGACCACAACCGUCGUGACCACACACUGCGGCUGCACCGAGACACCCGUGCCCACGAUCCCAGUCACCGUGACGACCAUCACGCCCAGCGCCGGAUGGGCCGUCAGCACGCCCGUCGUGUGCACCGUUCCGGCGAUCCCCGCCUCGCCGGCCGUUCAGAAGAGCACCCUGACCGUCACGGGCACCGCCUCGACCGCCACUGGUGGUACAGGAUGGUCUUGGGGCAAAUCUGCUUCUGCCUCUCCUGACACCGCAUCAACUUCAACGGCAACUUCACCAGCUGUCUCUAGCUCCGGCUCCGGCACCGGCGCCGGAUCCUGGGGAGCAGCAGCAGCACCUUCUCCCAGUGUGACCGUCGCCACGACUCUGACCGUUCAGGCUGUCCAGUCAACGCCUGUCGCCGCGACCAGCACGAACCCAUGGGUCGCGACGUACACUGGAGCUGCGGACCGGACGGGGAUGAACGUACUCGCCCUUGUCGGUGCGGCUGCGGUUGCUAUGGGCGCUGUCGCAUUGUAGAUGAACAUAAUUGCAUGGACCUUCGGGCUUUGAGUUCAUGAUAACAGGGAUCUUCAUAAUUAUGCUUUUGCGCAAUAACGCAGACAGAGAGGCCUUCGAUUCCCUGCUUUUGGACAUUUUAGACUUAAUCAUUGUGCAGAUUGGAUAUAAUGAUCAAUUAUGACUUCUAAUUUCUUAAUCCCGAAACAGGAGCCGCUCGAUGGCGGACUCAUGCG